GAAACACCUGAUAACAGCUCAUUUCUUUUCUUUAAUUUUUAUAAAAAGGAAACAGUAAAAAUAAUGAUAAAAUGGUUCUGACAAUGAGUGGAUGAGGAUAAGAGUCCCCAGUUGCUUUAUUCAAUACAUUUCGAUAGGCAAUCAUAUUUAUCUAUCUUUAAAAAAAAAAAAAAAAUUCAACAGCAAACCAACAAAUCUUCAAAACGCAUAAAACCUACAAUUUUCCCUUCCUUCUGCUCUCUCUCUCUUUCUCUCUCUCUGUUGUUCUCUUUGGUUAUUUGUGUUUUAAAGGAAGAAAUUCUUUCUUCUUUCUGUAUCUUUGUUUUUACUGUUUUGGGUGACGAAAGGCAGAAGAAGCGAUUAUGUCGAUUGCAUUGGAAAGGAUAGAAGCGUCUGGGUUUGGGCGCGUGAUGACGUGUGAUUCUUCCAGAUUUGAAUCAACAGCAGUGAAGGAAAGGAAAGAUGCGGAGGAAGAAGACGAUUGGAGGAGUUCAUUGUCUACUACAACAUCGUCUUCGAUCGGGAGGAAUAGUGAUGACGUGUCUGGAAGAUCCUCGGACGCUGGAGGUUGCGACGAAAAUGAGGUUCAAAGCACCUAUAAAGGUGGUGUAGACAUGAUGGAUUCCCUCGAACAGGUUUUGCCUAUGAGGAGAGGCAUCUCGAGUUUCUACAAUGGCAAAUCAAAGUCUUUCACAAGUUUAGCGGAUGCUUCCUCAGCUUCAUCUAUUAAAGACAUAGCAAAACCUGAAAACGCAUAUACCCGGAGGAGGAGAAACCUGUUGGCAGUCAACCAUGUAUGGGACAAGAACAGGAAUAAAAGACCCAUCAGCUCAAGCAAAAGUACAUUGGCUCUUGCUGUUGCCAUAAGUAGCUCCGAAAGUAUCUCUAGCACAAGUGAGGACUCUACUUCGACUUCAAGCCCUAGGCUUCCUCCGUUGCACCCACAAACCAGAAUAUCUCUCAAUAACAAUAAUAGUACCCCUUCGUCGCCGCCCUCAAGAAGCCGUAAUUUCUCUAAUUGGCGGUCCCUCUCGUUGGCUGAUGUACGGGAAUAUACCACUGUUAUGGGAUACACUCGUCCAGAUUGCUCUUUAAUUCAUGAUGAAACUAUCUCUAAUAAACGAACCUGAUAAUAAUUUGUUAGUCUUUACAGGGUUUGAUAUAUUACUCAAGGGGGGAUUAGGCGAUAGCAUAUGAUGCAUGUUUUAUGUCUCCUCCCUUGUUCUUGUUCAAAGGAAAAUGAUGCCUCAAGUUUUUGCCGUUUUGUACUUAAUUUUUACCCGAUUGCAUGUGUAUGAUCAUGCUACUAAAUGCUAAUUUCAUUUUAACAA